GAGAGAUAUAAACAGAAAACAUAUGAUUAUAUCAUUAAUUAUGUAAACAAUUGUCACUAAAAAAGUUGUAAACAAUUCUCACUUUCCGUUUCUCUCAAAGACUUUUGAUCCCAAAGACUGGUCACCUCAAGACAUAUUCCUCCACAACAACGACCACAACAACAACACCAAUACGGAUACCAUUCCUCGGCAACCAUUCCCUUACCAUCCCAUCAGACAAUGUCUGCCACACGAAGACAUUAUGACGACUCGUCGGCGGACGACGAGUACACGGAACUGAUCCGAGACAUCACUGAAGAACCGGAUCAGUACGACGACGACCGCCACUUCAGCCGCCAUCGCAGCGACUCUUCGUCAGACAUGGAACCGAUCGACAGACUAUCACUGGUGAAGAUUACCUUCGCGUUGAUUGGUUUGUCACAACUGCUUCCCUGGAACUUCUUGAUCACCGCCAAUGAUUACUGGAACUACAAGUUUCGUGACAUCAACGGCACCAUCGAUGACACCAUUGAAUCCACUUCUUCAGCGCCGGUCACAUCACUGCAGAAGUACUUCGAGAGCUAUGUCUCUAUCGCCACGAAUGUGCCGUUUCUGGCGGUACUGGCGUUCAACGCCCUCUUCGGUCACAAGUAUGUGUCCAACGGA